CUAGCCCUGACUAUCUUCGAGUACAUAAUCACGUUUGGGCAAGAAGUAGAUGCUGUAUGGCAGAGUGCUUGGACAGCCACCUCUGUGCUCUUGUUCUCAACACGUUAUGCGAUGAUAGCCAACGCCUUUCUAUUUUUUGUGCCAAAUACAUCACACGUACGUCUUUCUUAUGCCACUCGAAUGCAAUGCCAGUGA